GGUCUGCGCUCCCGGGGUCAUCCACGUCCCCGUCCCCGAUCCCAAACGCACCACUUCUCCAUCCAGUUUCACUCCCACACCCCAAUGCAGCCUCACAUCAAUCCCCUAUGUCAUACCAACAUUCUUCUACAUCCCACUCUUCAUUCAUAGUCUUGCACUCACUCUUGAGUUAUGGUCCGAAUUUGAGAUUUAACAUCACACAAGACCUUGCACAUGUGCAACUGCGACCGGGGUGUUCACCUACCAUGCUCCAGGAGCUUGCGGUGCAACCGCCAGUCUCUCAUAUGAUCAUUACCAUCCCUGAGCUUUGUGCUUGGACGAUAGAGGUUGUGAACCCUCGGGGUAUCACUGUGAACAACGUCCUUGCUAUGAUACGUGAAACGCUCAACCGGAGUGUUGCUUCGCAUGAGAUGCAAAGAUCUUCUCGGGCGGUCAAUGCUGCUAUUGAUUCUUUCAGGGCCAGGUCCCGCGCUGACCCGCGCGAACAUGCGCAGGGCGUGAAACGCGUUGACUUUUUAGGUCCCAAAGUUUUCUUUGCAGGGCUCGCUAGAACUCGAGAUGGGUCAGACAGCUGGGAAAUCCACUUUGCCCAGAAUGUUUGAUCCUCGCCGAGCGCGGGUUGCAUAGGCUAUUCCUUAUCUUUCGGCACAUUGCACCUGGGUAUAUCCAGCUCAGUUCCAAUGGACUUUGGUCGGAUCUCAUCACUCAGCUUGCACUGCCUGCUCUAACUUUACUUGGCAAUUUGCCGUCACCGCUCUCUUCUUUGCAUCUAUAUUCGACAGCCCCUAAUUUGUUUUUAUCGCUAUCUUUGCUCUAUCUCUGUCCGCAAUGUUUUUCUUUCUUUCUUUUUUUUUUUUGAUUCAUGCACCGCAAUAGUUUGGAUAAAUUGCACUCAUAUCACUUGUACUUUUAUUUACCACGUACUCAAUCUCCACGGCAAUCCAGUGUAUUCAUACUCAUUUGACUUUUUGAUCUGUUACUGGGGUGGAACGGAAACAUCAGAGUUCCCGUU